AAUAAUAACUGAAAAAUUUAUUGUUGGAGGAAAAGAAUAUUUAUUUUUUGUGGUGAAUUUAUUAACUCAAUUUCAUUAGCAGAAAAGGGUGCUGUUUUUACGCAACAACUUUACCGAGAUUCAGAAAACGUUGGAGUAUUUAAAAUUUGAAUCUCCUUCCGCUCCCACAGGCAACUCGUUGAAAGAAACUCACACACUGCACCAGAACUCCAUUCCUUCGUCUUAAACAACCCAGCGAAGAAGAAGAAGAAGAGGAUCCGAAGAAGAACUGAAGAAGACACGGGGAAAUGGAGAUCGCUUCAGGUCCUUUCACUUCGUGCACGAAAGAGCAGCAGAAGCUCUAUCAGAACUGGUUUAACUUAGCCGAUUCAGACGGAGAUGGUCGCAUUACUGGAACUGACGCCACCAAGCUUUUUGCAUUGUCCAAUCUCAGUAAACUUCAACUGAAGCAGGUCUGGGCUCUUGCUGACUCCAAACGUCAAGGGUAUUUAGGCAUCAAUGAAUUUAUUACUGCCAUGCAGUUGAUAUCUUUGGCACAAGAAGGGAGAGAGCUAAACGCAGAUCUCCUUAAGACCGCAGCUGGAAUGCGCUAUGUGGAUCCUCCAACAAUGAAUGAUCUCGAUCUGUUAAUUUCUAAUACAAAUGACUCACUGUCAGAAACAAUUCCCGAUUCAAAUGGUAACAAGCUCGAAAGUAAUGGAACUGCACAGUCACAGAUAGCAGCAUCAAUCAAAAUGUUCACUGCAAGAUCUAGAAAGAAGGUCCAACCAACUCUUAGUGCUGUCACUUCAGUAAUUGAUGGUUUAAAGAGGUUAUACAAUGCAAAGCUGAAACCACUUGAAGCUACCUAUCGCUUCAAUGAUUUUGUAUCACCAAUAUUGACGGAAAGUGACUUUGAUGCUAAACCCAUGGUUAUGCUUUUGGGUCAAUACUCAACUGGGAAAACCACUUUUAUUAAGCACCUGCUGAAGUCCAAUUAUCCAGGGUCUCACAUUGGACCCGAGCCAACUACUGACAGAUUUAUUGUUGUCACGUCCGGACCAGAUGAAAGAAGCAUUCCUGGAAACACCAUAGCUGUUCAUAAGGACAUGCCAUUUACAGGGUUGACCACCUUUGGAGGAGCAUUUUUGUCAAAAUUUGAAUGUUCCCAGAUGCCACAUCCACUCCUUGAACAUUUCUCAUUUGUGGAUACCCCUGGUGUCUUGUCUGGAGAGAAACAAAGGACCCAACGGAGUUAUGAUUUCACUGGAGUCAUAUCCUGGUUUGCAGCCAAAUGUGAUCUCAUUCUUCUCUUAUUUGAUCCUCACAAACUUGACAUCAGUGACGAAUUUAAACGUGUCAUAUCAUCUCUGCGUGGUCAUGAUGACAAAAUCCGUGUCGUGUUGAAUAAGGCAGACCAAGUUGACACUCAACAACUAAUGAGAGUUUAUGGUGCAUUGAUGUGGUCUCUUGGAAAAGUUCUGAACACGCCAGAGGUCAUUAGAGUCUAUAUAGGUUCCUUCAACGACAAACCUGUAAAGGAAGGCACUGACCAUAUGGGGAAGGAUCUUUUUGAAAAAGAGCAAGACGAUUUGCUUGAAGACUUGAUUGAUAUUCCCAAAAAGGCUUGUGAUCGUAAGAUCAACGAAUUUGUGAAACGCGCAAGAGAUGCUAAGAUUCAUGCCUACAUUAUCAGCCAUCUGAAGAAAGAGAUGCCAUCAUUGAUGGGGAAGUCCAAGGCUCAAAAACGUCUCAUCAACAAUCUUGCAAAUGUAUUUGCAGAGGUUCAAAGAGAGCACCGUAUACCCGCGGGUGAUUUUCCGAGCGUGGAACACUUUAGAGAGGUGCUUACGCGUUACAACAUAGAAGAUUUCGAGAAACUAAAGCCUAAAAUGAUUCAGGCAGUGGAUGAAAUGCUUGGUCAUGACAUUCCAGAACUCAUCAAGAACUUCAGAAACCCAUAUGAUUAAAAUCGCGCGGGGGAGUUACGGGGCCAUCUAGAGCUUCAAGAAUGAUUGAAGUUAUGAAAUAGUAAUAAAAAUAAUAGCAUGAUCAUCAUAAGCACUGCAUUAUUCUUUAAUUAUUUUGUUUUUUUAUUUUUUGAACUUUUUACUCGUAAUUAUUUUGAUUUGUUUGUUCGUAGGCCUGUAAUGAGUUCUUUAG